AUGGCUGCUACACUUCCUUCACUAGCACAAUCACGUUAUACAGACAUAAAAGAGGAACCGGUCGGAAAAUUAUUGGUACCUAUCAAAGAUUAUGAUACCGAACAACUUCUUCCAUUGGAAGAGGCAGUUGCACCGAUCACACAUCUCUUCAUUGAUUUGGAGGAAUAUGUUUACAUAGCUAAGCACAACUGUCAACAACCCGAAGAUGGAUUGACACAAGAUGAAAGUGCUGCACUACAUCUCUAUACAAUGCAGUUCUCAGCAGGAGACAGCCUGUACGUCAUUCUAAAUCAAACACUUCGGUCAGAACGACGUGAUUUCCUACAACCGUUCUUUAAAUUCCUCAAAGUAUUUAUGACUGCCCUCUUCAAAUUAGAUUUUAUUCGUGCUACUGUAUGGCGUGGUGUACGCGGUGUCGAUUUGAGUCAGAAAUACAAGACAGGUGUAAAAUUUGCCUGGUGGGGAGUUAGUUCGUGUACAACGACACUGGAUAUAUUAGAAAAGUCAGAUUUUCUAGGGAAAACUGGUACACGCACCGUCUUUUCAAUUGAAUGUAUGAAUGGAAAAUCAGUUCUAAAGCACUCCUAUUUCAGUGAAUCAGAGAAGGAAGUUAUUUUGAUGCCCGGUACAUAUUUCGAAGUUAUGGGACAGGCAAAUCCGGCUGAGGGUCUUCAUAUUAUUCAUUUAAAAGAAAUUAAGCCACCAUUUCCAAUGAUCAAGCCACCAUUUGUCAAACAGCAGCAAGGACAAGCUACCCCUUCAGGUUCAAGCUCAGGAUCAAUCGAAUCAUCUAGUAUAACAAAAAGUGCAGUAGGCCGUGAGAGUGACAGUUCAUCGUACAAUACAAAUUCGAUUGCUGCGUCUGUGUCGUCGGAAAUAUCGACCAUUGAAACAGCAACAGCAGCUUUAAAUCUAAAUAAAUUACAACAGAAACCAAGAUUGUGUAUUAAUAUCAAUAAAACUGACCAUUAUCGUAUAAUGACUGCAAAUGAUAAAUAUUUACUUCACAAAGUUAAAGAUAGACUCUGUCUUAUUGAUGUCGAUGGAAAUGAAAUAUUAAAUGUAAACAUAUAUUUUUAUGUGUGGGAUAUGUGCUGGUCAUCAUUUCUAAAUCAAUUUUUGAUACCGGAAUAUAUGGGUGACAGUAAACUCUAUUCAUUAGAUAUCAGUAGUAACAAUGGGUUGAUACCUGUUCUAAAGUUGGAUGGAAGGGUGCCUAGUUGUAGUUGUUACGAAGCUAUAUUGCUUGUAAGCAGUGCGGGAAAAGGAUCAAUUAUUGAAGUUUAUGAGAUGACAGACUCGAAAUUAAUUAGAACCUACAGACCACCUGUAUCGUGUAAAAAAGAUCAAGAAAUUCGGAUGAUUCGAUUCAAUAGCAAUGGAACAUGUGUAGGAGUCGUUUUGACCGUAGGCAGAUUCCCACACUACGCAUCAGCUUCUUUUGAAUUACGUCAGGCAUCCAAUAUGAAAGUAGUACAAAUUGUCAAUUUAGGUAAAGACUCGUCUGAUGUUCUUGCAUUACCUAACGAACAAUUUCUACUGAGUUCACAUGAAAACAGAAAAUUAUUUCUAAUUGAUUCAAAUGGUCAGCUGAAAGAAACAAUUCCAUAUGAUACAGAUGUAAAGUCAACAGCCUUUCUCACCGACAAAAAAUGUCUUGUUAUACAAACAUAUGAAUCGGCUGAACUUCGUUUCUAUGAUUUAUAA